AUGGCGGUGGAGUUGGGGCAGCAGACCGUGGAGCUGGGCGCGAUGGUCCGGCUCGCGGCCGAGGAGUCGUACCUGGCGCUGCGGGAGCUCGUGGAGAGGUCGCGGGCCGAGGCGGAAGCGGAGGCGCAGGGGAAGGAGGUCGUGCGGCUAAGGUCGGACACCGAGAAGAAGAUCGACCUGCUCAAGUUCGUCGACCGCACGCGGCAGCGCAUGCUCUGGCUCCAUGUCCUCGCCAAGUGGUGUCAGCAGGAUGAAGGCAACAUGACACUAGGAUAUAGUUGGAUCAAGAAAGAAGUGUUUGCAUUAACAGGAGUCAGCAUGACAUACUGA